UCUUGAUAAAAAUUAAAUUAAAAACAUUUUUAGAUGAAAAGGCUUGGCUGAGACAUUGCUUGUUCUUAUACUGCUCGUCGGCUGUGACAUCACAAGGAACCUAUGCAGAAAGUAACAACCGCCCUUUUCUAAAUCGUAUCACGCAUCAGAGAAGCAAAUGGAGGUAGCAUUUAAUGUAAAAAAAAAACCUAUGUAACAAUUGUAAACUUGAAUAACUGUUAAAUAAAAAAGCAAAAGCGAGUUGCGAAACCAUUCAAACCCUGACUACCGCAGCUAGCUUUCGAGACUGUGCUAGGUGUUGUAGACGACACAUAACAGACCUGUUCUAGAAGAGCUGUGUAACGUAACUGAAAAAGUAAAUUUUGUGCAAACCUACAAUCUGCCGCAAAGAUGCAAAACGCAACAACUAAUAUAAAAGGUAAAUUCGUUUUCCGGUGCCGUAUGCGACUCCAUAUCCGCCCUCAAAGCUGUACACCGGAACUUCACCAAUCCCACAAUGCACCACGUCGCUGGGAAAGGAAGAUCAAAUCUCUUCCGGCGCACUUAAAACAUGGCGUCUCAGUACUACCAAGAUAUGCAGGAGAGCUUCAGAAAUAACAACAAGAGUCGAGAGUUCCCGGCGCACAGCGCUAAGGUUCACUCGGUCGCAUGGAGCUGCGAUGGCAGGAGGUUAGCAUCUGGGUCAUUCGAUAAAACCGCCAGUGUGUUUGUUCUGGAAAAAGACCGCCUGGUGAAGGAGAAUAACUAUCGAGGUCAUGGAGACAGUGUGGACCAGCUAUGUUGGCACCCUACCAACCCAGAUCUCUUUGUCACUGCUUCUGGGGACAAGACAAUACGCAUCUGGGAUGUUCGGACUACAAAGUGCAUCGCGACUGUCAAUACUAAAGGGGAGAACAUCAACAUCUGUUGGAGCCCUGAUGGCCAGACAAUUGCAGUUGGCAACAAGGAUGAUGUUGUGACCUUUAUUGAUGCGAAAACCCAUCGUUCCCGGGCAGAGGAACAAUUUAAGUUUGAAGUGAAUGAGAUCUCUUGGAACAACGAUAAUGAUAUGUUCUUCUUGACGAAUGGUAACGGCUGCAUCAACAUUCUUAGUUACCCAGAGCUAAAGCCAAUCCAGUCGAUCAAUGCUCAUCCUUCAAAUUGUAUCUGCAUAAAGUUUGACCCUACUGGCAAGUACUUUGCGACAGGGAGUGCGGAUGCACUUGUUAGCCUGUGGGAUGUGGAAGAGCUGGUUUGUGUCCGCUGCUUUUCCAGGCUUGACUGGCCUGUUAGGACACUGAGUUUUAGUCAUGAUGGGAAAAUGCUAGCCUCAGCAUCAGAGGACCACUUCAUUGACAUUGCUGAGGUGGAGACAGGAGAGAAAUUAUGGGAGGUGCAGUGUGAGUCGCCAACAUUCACAGUUGCUUGGCAUCCCAAAAGGCCCCUGCUGGCAUAUGCGUGUGAUGACAAGGAUGGAAAAUAUGACAGUAACCGUGAGGCAGGCACUGUCAAGCUCUUCGGGCUGCCCAAUGACUCCUGAGGCGAGACAACCAAACCAGUAUGGUGAUCUGGACUUUGUUUUUUAUGUUUUAAUGAUAUUUUCAUAAAUCAUAGCACUGCCUGUAAGCCAUUGCCUGAAACCGUCUGUUCAGAUUGUGCUGAGGACGCAGUCCCAUUUGCAGGAAUGGCAUCUUAUCAACCCCUAACAGCCACACACCCGUAAUAACCAUUAAAUUAGUCUUUAGUUUUUUACACCUAUAUGUAUGAUCGCCCACAACUUUUCAGAACGUCUGAUUUUCAUGUAUUGGGUGAGUAAAUGGGUUUUUCUGAUAUUUUUCUAUUUUUAGUGGGUCUUUGAUGUGUUUUUGUCUGAAUCUGUCUGUUUUCUCUAAUAGGUAGCAGUUUUUCAUUUUCACCUACCCUGUGUGGGCUAUGUUUUCUGUACCUGGAAAAGCAAAGCUUUUCAACACAACUCAAUGACUGCUUUAUUUCUCAAAGAAAAUGGUCAAAAGUGUCAGUACUGAUAAACACAUUGUGUAAUACUGAAUUACUUUUAGUAGCUGUCACUGAUAUGUUUUAAUAAAUGAAGGCAAAAGGAAAAUAAGGUUGUGAUAUUUCAUACUUAGGGACAUGAAAUGUUUCUUAGAAGGAACUUUUAAACUUGGACUGGCUGUAUUUUCAAACUGAUUUUGCUAAUGUAAAGCAAGGCUUCAUAAGUCAGUUUUGUAAUGUCCAUAAAAUUGAUACCGACUUCAGAUGUGUAGGAAAGUUAAAUUUAUCUAAUUAAGCCUUAAUUGAGUGAGUGUUGCAAAACAAUACCUCUGUAAGAAGCAUUUUGAAAAUCUACAAAAUCCAGUGGACCACUGUCCUUUUGGACAAAUUGUCAUGGUUUUAUGGAAAAAGUGGUAUACCAACCAUCAACAGGAAUGGGCAGGAUCUGGUUCAUCAAGCCAUCUUGAAGACAAAUGGGCAAGAUUUUGUAUUCCAACACAAAAACUAUCCCAAGAAAGUAGUGUGGGGAAAAAUACUUGAACAUCAACAGGCUUAUCGAACGCUAGCAUUCCUUUUCCUUAUUUGAACAUAAUUUACUCUGUAUGGGGUUAUGUGGAUAAUUACUGUAGGUUGUAAAAAUAUUUACAUUUGUCAUGUGGAAAAUGUUACAGGAUAUUUUCAGCAACAUUCUACAUUAAGUAUUAAUGUAGUGAAUUUUGCUUAGUUCUGAAUACUUAUUGUGACACCUGCUUCCUCCCAAGACAGUUUAAUUAUUUUCAUUACUGUAUUAUGAUCUUUGUUGCCAUGCAGCAAAAUUUUAUUUUUUAGAAGUAACUUGAAUAAAGAAUAUACAAUCAAAA